ACUCGUCAACGAAAUAUCAAGAACCCAAAAUAGUAUUUAAAGAUCUUAAUAGAAGAACAUUAAAAGUAAACUUUAGACUCUUCACUUUCCUCAGAUUACUACUAUUUCAUUAAUAUUUUUUUCCAAAGAAGUCCCUUUACAAUGACCUCAAAGGCCCUAGUGAGUUUUCUAUAAUUUUGAACUUCAUCAAAUCCCUAAGUCUGAGAAUGUAAGGUCACUUUCACACUAAAUACCUUAGUACUUCAGGUAGCCUGUUGUUUCACACAUCCUCAGUUGCACCAAAACUUUCUCUUUUACUUGUACCUCGGAUGAGAUGAACUUUGUCUCCUUUAUCAAUAUUAAUUCUUUAGUCGCUAUCUUAUAUGUGAUCUCCUAGCUUAAACUACCCUAGUCUCGAUAUUUUCUCCUUACGUCUAUUUGUAUGAGGAGACUGGAUACGUGGGAGCCAGGUGCGCAGCUCGACGUGCAAGGAAGUGAGCUGGGCGCUGGUGCGUGGAGGCUAAGGAGCUGGGAGUUGCAGGCUGGGGAGCUUGGCGCUGUAUGCGUGCAGGCUGGGGAGCUGGGCGCUACAACGUGGAGGCUGGGCACUGGUGCAUGGAGCCUGGGUGCUGAUGCGUGGAGCCUAGGCACUGGUUGCUGCAGCGUGAGGAAGAAGCUGAUAUGAUGGGGAGAUGUGACGAGAGGACAAGGACAAAAGAGGUGGGGACCACUCUUUGUCCAUUUUAUUUGUCUUGAGAAUCUUGUAUUAUUCCUUCUACUUAUUUGUUGUCCAUAGGAGCAUUCAUUUAUUGAACUUUCGUGGUUAACACUUCCCCCCCAAUUUAAAAGAGCACUUUUAAGUGAUCUUUUUGAAUGCAAUUAAGACGUUCUUUAGGCCCUAUGCGGCACACCUCGUCUGGUGGAACAUCUGACAUUACGUAUUGAAAUAUUGAUGAGAUCAUUCAAUGAGGUAGGUGGGUCACAUGUUGUUUCUCAUGUGUGCAUGUGACUAACCCCAUCCUUUGAUCUUAUUUCAAUCCAAUAGUUACCAUUCAUCUCUUCUUCUUAUAAAUAGGUUUUCACUUUCACCUAUUCUUAUCUCAUCCUUACUUCCCUUCACUUGCUAUCUCCCUUAGCUUCCUACUCUUUCCAAACUCUUCUUACAUUUUGAGCCCUUUGAUAUUUUUUCUUUCUUCGAGUUCUAAUGUAGUGAGCCUCUUCUUAUUAAAAGCCAAUCUUGUUAGGUACCUGCUUUCCCCAUUAACUACUUUUUUAUAUAUAUAUUUAUACACCUACCACCCUUGCGGGUACCACUCAAAUUUAUGAUAACUCUUGUUAAAGUCUUGUUUGUCUUUGGUCCCCCACUAAUCACUUCCAUUCGUGCACCCUCCCCUUUUAUUGUGUCGGUGACUAGGCGUGUGUCUAAGGAGGCCCUUUUGUGAGUGAGUUAUAGUUGGCGGUGUGUUCCCAUACUUGGUCAGUGGAUCUUGGUGCCCACAUUCACAUUCUUCGAACAAUACUUCUGCCUUGUCCUCCCUCCCUCCCUUUUUUUUAUGGAAGACCAUAGAUCACCUUUCAUCCCCGAGCGAAUUUUCCCUAUUAAGGUUUCAUUCAACUCGGAUGGGGACGUUGUAGACCCUUGGGCACGGUAUCACCAACUGAUGUCUGAGCGUUUAAAAUGACUAGAUGAAAUUUUAAGUUCCAAGAGCAUUUAUCUAGGCUUAACGAGGAGAGUGAGUUUUUGGAGGGUUAGGGGCAUGCUAAAACGGAUGCAUACCUUUCCCUCCUCAAGCGGCUAUGUGGUGACAUAGUGGCGAAACUUGCUCACUUGGAACAAAUUUUUCUACCUGAGUCGUCCCCCCCUUGCCUAGCUCCCAUGCCUUUGGCUUUGGGAUCACCUAUCCGCCAGCCAGGCAAAGGAGGUUGUUCCUCCUAUUACUGCUCACCAUUCGUCGUUGCCCAGGGACAUCUAGGGAAUGAAGCUUCAGUGAGGCCUAGAUUGGAUCAGAAGGUUCUUGCUCGCCGAAUGAAGAACAUGAAGUGUGUCUCUUCUCGUUCUAACUCUUUUUAUGAUUUUGUAGAUAUGGAAAAACCACGCCGCUCGACCAAGGCUAGUGCGCCCCUCCCAUGCUCGUGACUAGUUGAUUCGGGAUGGCCGACAUGGAGAGUACUGUGACUCGGCCUAAAUUUCAGAGGAUAGUGCACCAAUAUGCAACGAGGUAGGAUUUUGAGCUUAUCCUCGGGGGUCGUGCUCAUUUACCACUUAAAGGCAUGGUGGCCUUUAGCGAAUAUAUUCUCAAGGCUGGUGUUGCUUGGCCGCUUCACCCUUUUUUCGUGAAGGUCCUGAAUUAUUUCGGCAUAGCUCCCCUACAACUUUUGCCUAACGAAUGGAACAUUUUAACUUGCUUCUUCAUCGCUUUCAAGAAAGUCACUAGUGGGGCUCCCACUACUAGGGAGGUACACUACGUGUAUAACUUUCUUCAAAACUCCUCAUUCCGAGAUUUUUAUUACAUACACAAGAAGGUUCCGAUUGACCUGACAGUCGUCCGCUCAGUUUUUAACACAAGAAAGGCUUGGAAACAAGACUUCUUCUAUGUGCCCAGUCAGGUGGGUGUGACCGAAGUCUUUUGGAUGCCUGCUGCGCGUGACUCUCCUUCCCUCACAAAAGAGGAGUAUUCUUCCAGACUACUAAACUUGUUCAAGGUUGACUAUGAAAGUAAGCUCUAUCACCAUAUUCUAACUUUGCCCAGCUUAAUUGACUGCGGAUUGGUCUCGACAAAAGAUAAGUUAAAGGCUAAGAAGUUGUACGCCAUACCGCUUCCUCCGAAGGACAGGGAAGAAAGUGAAUGUGGGGAGGGCAAGGCAGAAGUAUUGUUCGAAGAAAGUGAAUGUGGGCACCAACACCCGCUGAUCAAGUGUGAGAACACACCACCAACUAUAACUCACUCACAAAAGGGCCUCCUUAGACCACGUUUGUCACCCGACAAAAUAAAAGGGGAGGGUGGUAGAAUGGACGGGUUUAGUGAGAGACCAUAGACUAACAAGAGUUAUCAUAAAUUUGAGUGGUACCCGCAAGUGUCGUAGGUGUAUAAAUAUAUAUAAAAAAGGUAAUGUGAAUAGAGAAAGAAGGUACCUGACAAGAUUUGCUUGAGUAAGAAGAGGCUUGCUAUGUCGAAACUCAAAGAAAGAACAAAUGUCAAAGGGCUCGAAAUGUAAGAAGACUUUGGAAGGAGUAAGAAGCUAAAGGAGAUAGCAAGUGAUGAGAAGUAAGGAUGAGAUAAGAAUAGGUGAAAGUGAAAGCCUAUUUAUAAGAAGAAGAGAUGAAUGGCAACCGUUUGAUGAAAAUAAGAUCAAAGGAUGGGGUUAGUCACAUGCACACAGGAGAAACAACAUGGACCGUCUACUUCAUUGAAUGGUCUCAUCAAUAUUUCGGUACGUCAUGUUAGAUGUUCCACCAGAAAAGAUGCGUCGCAUAGGGCCUAAAGAAUAACUCAAUUGCAGAAAAACAGAUCACUCAAAAGUGCUCUUUUGGACUGGGGGGCAAGUGUUAACAACGAAAGUCCAAUAAAUGAAUGUUCUUAUGGACAACAAAUAAGUAGAAAGAAUAAUACAAGAUUCUCAAGAUAAACAAAAUGGACAAAGAGUGGUCCUCACCUCUUUUGUCCUUGUCCCCUCAUCAGAUCUCCCCAUCAUAUCAGCUUCUUCUUCCCUCUCCAGCGCUCAACCUGCAAGGACCAGCACCCAGGCUCUACGCAUCAGCGCCCAGGCUCCACGUACCACUGCCCAACCUCCAUGUUGCAACGCCCAGCUCCCCAGCCUACACGCUUGUAGUGCCCAACUCCCAAGACUACAACACCCAGCUCCCCAGCCUGUAGCGCCUAGCUCCCCUGCCUCCACGCACCAGCACCCAAUUCACUUCCCCGCGCGCGUUCACCCGUGCGUUCGACUCCCACGUAUCCCGUGUCCUCAUACAAAUAGAAGUAAGGAGAAAAUAUCGAGACUAGGGUCAUUUAAGCCAAAAGAUCACAAACAAGAUAGUGACUACACAAUAAGUAUUGAUAAAGGAGACAAAAUUCAUUUCAACUGAGGUACAAGUUAAAGAAGAAGUUUUAGUGCAACUGAGAAUGCCUGAGACAACAGGCUAUCUGAAGUACUAGAUUAUCUAGUAUGAAAGUAACCUGAUAUUCUUAGACUUAGGGAUCGGAUGAAGUUUAAAAUUAUAGAGAACUCACUAUAUAUAGGACCUUUGAGGUCAUUACAAGGGGACUUCUUUAGAAAAAAGAUUAAUUAAACAGUAGUUUUUCUAAGGAAAGUAAAAAGUCUAAAGAUUACUUUGAAUGUUCUUCUAUUAAAAUUUUUGAAUACUAUAUAGUUAACGAGUUCUUAUUGUA